AUGCGACAGCGAAUCAACGCGAUUGUGUCAAGAGACGGCACAUGGGGCUUCGCUGUUGUGCGUGUUAGCUUUGAAUACGAUGCGCUAUUUAAAAAUGCUAUCCAAAUUCUUCACCGCCUCGUCGAGCAUCAAAAUGAGGGGGACGCGAGAGACAGGGCAGCAGACCAGGCAAGGGCUCUAAAGCAGCCAGGAAACUAUGGCCAUCCGCCGGUGCCUGUCGAUACGGAACCCAACGACGAGUUUCUUUGGCGAUUCCGUCUAGAUCUGCUCGAGGACCACGCGCUACAAGACGCCAGCGUACAACAGGUGCGGGCGUACUUUAACGAUUGGCUGCAGUUCGUCGGGCGACCCUACGACUCCUUGGAUACACGGUACCGGGCGUGCAUCAUGAUGGACAAGGAAACUAUGGAGCUGCUGGGGCAGCUGCCGCCUGAUUUUCCAGAACCGGACAAAGCAUACUUUAGAAGUGACUACUGCGUUAAGAUGGUCGAGGCUGUGGCUAAACCUGAUGAGGCGUAUCUAGUGCAUCUCUUUGGUGAAGACGGUCUGGUAGAGCUCCUGUCGAUGCGAGGUCUGUUAAGCCCGGGCCAUAAUGCAUCAAACUUUAGUGGAGCACGAACACUAGGCGCCGUGUCUUGGGCACAAGUCGCUGCGCAUGCCAAAGGCUCUCCGCGAUUCCCCGGCCAGUGUCCCAAGACACGUCCGCCACGAAGAACCGACCUACAGUCACAACAUAUAAGGACCGUACAGUCACAGUCAAUCUCAAAGACAACGGGAUUAUUCAGCGACACCGGACGCGCCCAGAAUCAUGGACCAAACUGCAAGUCGAGGCAGCAGUACGCGCCGACGCAGCCACCAGGUCGAUCACGGUAG